UACCUUUUAGAAGUAUUAUUAGCUCUCUCGUACCGUUCAUGUAACAUACUAUCGUAUUUAGUGAUUUUCAAACAUCUCAGAAAUAAGAUAUCAUAGAUUUUUUAAUCUUUAUAUACUACUUUUUGGAAAGACAAUAGUAACAAGAAAAGAUCUGCAAAUAACUAACUAUAAUGAGCUUCCUGUUGGAGAUUCUAAUGCUGUUUUGCUUCUUCAAUUUGAACCAAGCUCUUUACCUGCAAGACAACACAACAAACGCACAGCAGGAUGACGUUUCGGGAAGUUCAGAUUCAAUGUUUUCUUUAGAGUUUCGAUCAAAUCGGAUUUCAGAUGCACAGCACAUUUGCUCACUGGAUCCAGGCCAUGGAGAUUGCUGUGAAGAGAAGAAACUAAAGUUUCAUUACAAUCCUGACUCAAGAAUAUGCUACGAAAUACUCCAUAAAGGUUGUGAAGGCAACAACAACACAUUUGAUACGAUGGAACAAUGCGAGACAUCUUGCGCAGGUGACCGACAUGGGAACUGUUUACUGAGUGUAGAUUUUGGAGACUGCUGUAACCGGACAAUUAAGUUUUAUUACAAUCGUUUUACUGGAGAAUGUCACGAAUUCAUCUAUAAUGGUUGCGCAGGAAACAGAAACAUAUUUGAUACACGAGAAGAAUGCGAGACAUUUUGUGAAGGAAAUGCAAUAAAUAAAACAGAGCACUGUAAUAAAGAAGGCGACAGAGGCACAUGUGAGGGCCUUAUACACAGGUUUUACUACAACUCAACACUACAUGAGUGCCGCGGCUUAGAGUACGGCGGUUGCAGAGGAAAUGCAAAUAAUUUUUCAACCAAGCAAGACUGCAUCAGGGUUUGCAUCAAUUUUAUGUAAAGUUAUACUAGCAUCAUGUUCUAUAUGUCGACAUGUAUAAAUCUUCCGUCAAAUUAUAAUUAUACAUAUUAACAAUAAAAUAUUUAUUAUGCAUC